AUGGCCGUGGGUGUGCUCGGGACCUCGCUGCUGCUGAUGGCCGGCAUCGCGCUCAGCGUGGGGCUGUGCAGGAGAUUCACCCGCCGCCGCCUGCGCUCCCACCAACGCCUUUGCACUUUCCUCUUGGAGAUGUUGAGCACCUUCCAGAUUUGCGCUUGUACUAACGAGCUUUGCCUGCUCGGCAACGUGGAGCCGAAGCCACAUACCGCCCUUACUCUCACCUACGGCUUCACCGUCCUGCACGGUUUGACUCUGACUGGGAGCACAUGCAAUCCCUGUGGCACUUUGCAGCCCAUGUGGGGUGGUGGGAUCUCGGUUAAGAUGGGUGGACUGAAGAUCGGAGCUCAGUUCGUUGCUGCGGUGCUUGCCAGAGUGUUUAUGCACUUUAUCUGGAGCCUGGAGAUGGCAGAACCACAUUCUGGAGCAAUUUCACAGGGCUGCGGCAACCCCAUGCAGACUACAGAGGUGCAGGCGUUCUGCAUCGAACUGCUCUUUUCUGUCGUUUUCCAGCUGACCAUCCUGCGAAUGGAAAGUGUUAAUCCUAAAUACAAAGUCCAUUUGAUUGCUCUUCUCAUCACCAUGCUCGUCUAUGCAGGUCAGUCU